UGAUAAAUAAAACGAUAAUAUACGGUUCAUAUUUCAAGGGCAGUUUGGUAGUUGGUAGUUAAUUUUCAUGGCUGCUUCAAUCCCGAGUUGCUCCUUCUUCUACCCCUACUCUCCAUCACUGAUGUCAAACAAUACAAAGUCAGCCACUCGUUUUGCUUUACCCUUCCCAAAUCCUAUCUUUAAUGGCCUUGAUGGGAUUUCACUAAGUAGUAGUUAUUCUAGCUCAAGAAUCUGUGGUAAGUUUGAGAAAUUCCAAGGUGAAUCUCCCCUGCAGGACAAUCUUGAAGAGACUACCCAGUUACAGGCGCAGCCACUAGAAGAAAAGGAAGAAGAUGACAGCUGCUUGCCUUCUGACUUGGAGGGUGCAGUCUGGCAAUCCAGCCAAGCAAGUGCCUUGUUUGUAUCUUCAGGAGGCAUGAGAGCCAUAGUUGAGCUCUUAAUUCCUCAGUUGCAGUUUCUAGAUGAUGAAGGUGCACAAGCUGCGCUCUGGGAACUUUCAAGGAUUUUCUUGGAUAAACUUAUUGAAGAAACAGGAUGUCAGAGAAUUAAAGCCAUAUUUCCAGAUGCUGGUGCUGCUGCACUGCUAAAAUAUCAGUGGAAAGAUGCAGCUUUUGGAUUUGCAAGCUUAAGUGACCGGAAGCCUGUUGGGAGUGAAGAUGAGAUUGUGGUUAUGGUUGUUCCUGAUUACCAGAUGUUGGGAUAUGUACAGAAAAUUGCGUCCAGUCUGUCUGAUGAUCCGCCAAGGCCGCUCAUCAUGUGGAACCCUCGUCUCAUCAGUGAAGAUGUUGGUGUUGGGAUUAAUGUUCGCAAUUUAAGGCGAUUCUUUUUGAGCACUUUCACCACAGUUUACUCAAUGAGACCUCUGCCAUCUGGUGCUCUCUUUAGGUGUUAUCCAGGUAUGUGGAAGGUAUUUUAUGACGAUAAAGAUAGACCGAACAGGUAUCUUCUUGCCAAAGAAUUCAUAAGGCGUCCAGAUGCUGAAGAACUCGAGAUAAUAUUCGGAAAUGGGGAAGAGAAAUCAGAACAGGGACCAUCUAUUUUCAACAAAGCAGCAGGCAUUUUCUCUUCGCUAAACCGAUUCAUGAAAGCCAUAUCAAAGUAGUUAUUCUAUAAUUCAAAGUAGCCUUCAUCCUGCUCAAGUUUUUUUUUUCCCUUGUUGACAUCAAUGCCAUGAUAUCUAACUCAUUAUUCAGCAUACAAUAUUUGAAUUUUUCUUGAGCAAAUUAGUUCACAGAUUAUGCAGUA